UGGAAAAGCAAAACAUAACAAACCAGACCCGGAAUUUCGAUUUGUUAGUUUUCGCCAUUUUACGUUCUUUUAUUGUAGCCAGGGUACAUUUGAACGGCUGUAAACAAUGAAUGGACAAACGAGUAAACCUUUUAAACAGAGGAAAAGCUUCUCGGCAAGGAAAAGGGAUUCAGAAUCCAUCGUUCGGCAAUACCCCGACAAAGUGCCGGUUAUUGUGGAAAGAUUAAAAACAGAGAAAAAUUUGCCAGUCCUCGAUAAAAUUAAAUACUUAGUUCCCGCAGAUCUCACCAUGAGCAGCUUGUCAAGCAUCAUAAGGAAAAGGCUCCAGCUGAGUCCAACCCAAGCAUUUUUCCUUCUUAUAAAUGAGAAAAAUCUAGUCAGCAUAUCAAUAACAGUUGGAGAGGUUUACAAGGAUGAAAAAGAUGAAGACGGAUUUAUUUACAUGGUUUAUGCUUCGCAAGAGACCUUUGGUUCUUAAGUUGUUUAGUUUGCAAACCAAAACAGUUUGUAAAUCAUGCUUUACAUGCAACUCAGACAUGUACGUGACAUAUUUGUAAAGGGUAGAUUAGGGUGAGUGAAUGUAUAUACUUAUUUACUGUAGAAUUGUAUUUAGACAGGCAUUGAACUGUGAAGCUGACAUAUCAUACCUGGUGCAAAGAGGCGUUUUAAUAUAUCUAUUGCUUGCCUUUACCUUAAAAAGGAAUUAACAGGAAGUUUUUGGUUGAGCCACAGGUAAAAUUACUGGAAGUUAAAUUUUAAAUUAAUGGUAAACUUGCACUUUUUUUUGUUACUGAAGGUAAAGGAUAGGUAACAGAUUUGAAGAGAGGUAAAUGGUCUCAUAUUCUAUUGUUUCUUUAAAUAUAAAUUGAUGUGAGAAAUGCCAAGAUGAGAGGAGUGGGUAAAAUGGGAAUUGAAAUGACAAUAUAAUUGCUUAAUUGAUUACAAGUUACUGUUAGUGGUAAUUUGUAUGUAAACUUUUAAGCUCUGUUGUCUUCCUUUGUUUGUGUGUUUUUAAGAUCAGAUGUUGUCACCAAAACUUUUUUUCUUGUAACCAAUAUAAUAUUCCACAAACUCAAUUCUAAGUACGUGCUUUGUUAUCCAACACCAUCUACAUGUAUGUACCAAUUUGGACAAAUAUAUCUCAAAACAAGUUUGUUUAAUUAUAUAGGUAUUAAUUUUAGGUAACAUGGGUGCACACUUGUGAUGGUGUUUAACUCAAUAAGCAAUUAAAUUUAAGUGGGUACUGUGGGUGUUAUGCAAUAAGUUUUAAUGUUCCAGGUAUAUGUUUGAGGUCUUGUUUCCCCACUGGAGCUGACUAAAAUUGUAAAUGUAGCACUUGUCUGGAAUGAAAAUAAAGUGUAAUCAAUUUGA